AAUGUACAGCUUUUGGCUAAUUAUUUGUUGAUAUUUUGUAUUUUGUUAAAUUUUUAUUCCUUAUCAGUAUUGUUACGUUUUUAUAAGGUGUUUUUAAUUCAGAAUAAUGUCUUUUUUGUAUGUUGUUAUAUACUACGGGCCGUGCGAAACAUUUGGCACACAUAUUCAUAAGCCACAAAUUGUGAAUGGUAUAAAAGACGACCUCCAAAACAAAGGUUACCGCGUGAAGUUAGUUCCAGUGAAUUGGGUAAACUAUUGUAUGUUGGAAAUAUGUGGACAUGAGGUAUUUCGGUGUAAUUUAAAGAAUUUGAAAUUCAACACUUCUGUCAGCCGCGAUGUGACUGCUCAGAGGGCAGUAGAAGCAGUCUUGGUAUGUUCAUCCAUGUUCCGACGAGCUCGCGCAUACCUCUGGUUCUGGUCUCUCUUGGACCAUCAACUCUUCAGACGAACGAUAUACGGGCCACAGGACUACUUUGUGUCGUCCACAGACGAUGAUCCUCCUUACGUAAGCAUAAGCCCUAUGGAAUGUGCGGAAUGUUGCGGUAUACCUAUCGAAGGAGAUGAAGCCUCCAUGAGAUGUGGGUGCCCCGUUUGUCGCUGUGCUGAGUAAUGAUCAGCGCAUGACAAAAUUCAGUUGCUAAGUCGUGAAUUUCUAACUGAUUUUGUCGUCACUGUCGUCGAAACUUCCAGCCCUCUUGUUCAUUAAAAGAUGCAAUCUCAAUAGGCACUAACCAACCUCGCUCGCAGAAGAUAGAAAUACUCAAACGCCACUCAAUUUUAUUAAUGAUACUCUCAUAAAUAUUUAC